AUGGUAGCGCGCACGUUAUUUGAGCGUUGGAUGGCGGACGGCUGCCGCAUCCCAAAACCAUACUGUCUGACCAAGGCGGAGAAUUUGACAGCAAUUUGCUCAAAGGGUUACAACCCGCAUGAGAACGGCAUAACCGAGAGAUUUGAUAGGACGAUCAUUGGGCUGUUAAGGAAGAAGGAAGGGGAUAUGAUGAUUCCCUAUUGCAUGAUCGCGUACAACACCACAGCGCAUGAAGCAACAGUGAUUCACCAUGAGGUGAUUCACCAUUCUUCCUUAUGCACGGUCUCGACCGAGAAUACCAUGGGAUUCCCUGCAAGUGACGGAGAACUCACCGCACUUGGUUGA